AUGGCUAUCAAGCAACCACAAAUCCAACGAAUCGACCGCGCCCACCAAGAGGCCAUCAUCCAAGCCAUCAUACAAGAUGGCUGCUGUAUUAUACAGAACUUCACGGACGUGGAAACAGUCCAAAAAGUCAAUGCGGAGGCAAAACCAUACCUUGACGCAGACAAACCUUGGAAAGGAGAGCUAUUCCCUCCUGAAACACGCCGUUGCGCCAACCUCGCCGGCCGAAGCCAAACAGCCCGCGAAAACUGGCUCGUCGACCCACUCGUCCGCGCCUUGACGGCCAAAUUCGUCGAUAAGACCACAUCGAACUUCUACGGAGAAACCAAACAUACGUAUACAAGUGAAGCCGUGUGCACCAUCGCAAUGACCUUUGACAUCGGCCCAGGGGCCAAAGCCCAGCGACUCCAUCGCGACGACAAGAACUACCACGUCGACCACGAAGAUCAAACUGCGACCGGGUAUCGCGUGGGGUCAGAUGUUGAAAUGGCCUUCAUGGUCCCCGGAGUAAAGACCACCGUGGACAACGGCGCCACACUGGCGAUCCCAGGCAGUCAUUUGUGGGGAGGCGACCGUGCACCGCUACUGCAUGAAGCUAGACCGGCAACGAUGGAGGUGACAGAUUGCUGGGUGAUGCUCGGGGGAUUGUACCAUGCGGGAGGAGCGAAUGUCACAGAAGCUGAGCGGAGGAUUGUCCAUGGGAUGUUCUUCACGCGUGGGUUCUAUCGGCAGGAGGAGAACGCUUAUUUGGCUAAUCGUCCGGAGGAGGUCCUUAAGUGGUCGCCUGCAGCGCAGAAGGUCAUGGGGUUCGAGCUGUCGAGUCCGAAUAUUGGAUUUGUGGAAUUCCAGACUCCGUUGCAGUACUUACGGGGCGAAGAAGCUCACGAAUUUGGGGAUUUUGAUCCUUCCCAAGAGAAGGAUUAG